AUGACCAUUAACGACUUACGCAAGAAAACAUCUGACGAGAAACUGGCGAAGAAAGCAAAAAAUCUUAUUAAGGAGUGGAAAAAUUUGGUCGAUAAACGAGAGGACAAGAAGGAAAAGGCACCUAAAAAUGAGCCAUCGUCUUCAAACUCGGCUAAAAACAAUGGGUCAGUAUCGAAUCAGCAAGCUCCAAAAGUCACACCAGCGACGAGUCAACCACCGGCUCCUCUUCCAAACCAAUAUCAUUCAUCCAAUUUUCCUCCCAAGCAUUUAGAAAAUGACGAGGUUAGGUUAAAAUCAGCGCAGAUGAUUUUGAAUGCUCUCAGAUACGCAGAGCUUCCAGUUGGCACUCUCGAUCCUGAGGAUAUCGCCGUCAGAGUGGAAGAGAAAUUAUUUAGCGUGCACAAAGGCACUGGAGACAAAUACAAAGCCGCUCUUCGCAGUCGUGUUUUUAAUCUUAGAGACAAGAAGAAUCCAGCGCUCAGGCAUGUGUAA